AUGAGCUAUGAAAUCUCCACACCCUCUGCAUUUGCUCGGCAUACUUUUUACUGCCUUAACUCGCUUAUAGUUGCAUUCUUACAUCAACAUUCAUUCAAAUUCGCAAUUGAGUUUGUGGACAUCGAUGUAUCUGAGAUCUUCAAGGAGUGGCUAGCGAAGAGGAAAUUUUGCGUUACGUUUCUGGUGAUAAUCAGGGGCAAGACCUGUGUCAUGAAGGUGCACCUACCACAUCCUAAGAUAAAGUUUGUCAAAGAUGAAGAUUCUCCCACAGCUAUUCUCUCGGACUAUAUUCUCAACAUAAAAGAGCUAAACUGGAUCAAUUACUAUGAGAAGAGGAUGCAAAAUUUUGUUGAUGAUCUGAAUACAAUUUAUAAAGCACUUGUUCAACACAGCAGUGUUCAUUCAAGAAAUAUGAUGAUUGUGGAAGAGGAUCUGAAAAGGGCAACUUGGAUAGACUUUAACAGGGCGCAGACAUUUAGCCAAGAGCUUACAGAGAGGUAA